AUGCCUCCCAUAUUACCAUUACCACCGCCCUCGCCACCACCCUUGGAACAAAAGCCACUUAAUCCAACACAUUAUUAUCUACAAUCUGAUAUUAACACAAUUGAUUGUGAGAUGGUCGGUGUUGGGUAUAACGGUAUAAUUUCAGAGCUUGCUAGAGUUAGUAUAGUGAAUUAUUAUGGAGUAACAUUAAUGGAUAAGUAUGUUAAACCAAAGCAAAAAGUUACAGAUUAUAGAACUCAAUUUACUUGUGACUUUAAAGAUAUUCAUAAAGAAGUAAAAGACUUAAUGGAAGGAAAUCUAGUAAUUGGACAAUCUCUAGGAUUUGAUUUUAAUGUUCUAAAAUUGUAUCAUCCCAUCUCAAUGGUACGUGAUACUUCAUACUAUUAUCAUAUAAUAUAUGAUGUUACACGUCAGUUAACGACACCUUCGUUGAAAAAAUUGGCCAGGGAAGUCUUAGGAUUAGAAAUACAAGAAAAGACCCAUGAUUCCGCUGAAGAUGCAAAAACCUGCAUGUUACUUUAUAGAUUAAAACAAGAUGAAUGGGAAAUUGCAUUGAAAACAAAAAAAAUUAAUAUUGUAUUGAAUAAAAUUGAUAUUUAA